CGUGUUUUGCUUUCUCUCGCCGAAAAGUUUUGGGGUGUGUUUUCCCCCCCUUAGUCUUCCUAAACCCUAGCCUUUUGUGUCUUUCUCCUCUUCUCACACGAUCUCUUCACAUUCCCUCUCCUCACACAAUCUCCUCUUCACGAUCUCCUCACACGAUCUUCUCCUCUCCUCACAUGUUUUUGCCUUCCACCCCUCUCGACAAACUACAUUCCUCAAAACUCCUCUUCCCAAAGUGAUAGUUGUUUCCCUAGAACUACACUCCUUUUAUUUGUAUAUCAAAAUGUUGAGGUAGAUCGGAAACACCAACAUCCACCCCUUUUUCCUUUCGACUCAUUGCUGAGUUUGUUUGCUUCUACUUCCCUUGGAACCCAAGUAGUGUUUGCAUCUGCCGAGAGAAGAGGAGGGAGAGGGUGUAGCGCACUCUUCGGCAGCCAUCGGCUUGCCCCCACGCCGGAGGCUUGGGUCUGGAGGCAUGGGGAACUCUCUCGGGUGAUCGGCCUCUAGCGAGCGGUUGGUGUCCGCGGCUCGGGACGACGAUCUAAUCGAAGCCCGCAUGUUGCUGGAGUUCAACCCUGGACUCGCCAAGUACUCCACCUUCCAUGGCCUCAACUUCCCUCUACAUUUCACCUCCGCCAAGAGCCACAACGAGAUCAUGACGCUGCUGCUAGAGAAUGGGGUUGAUGUGAAUCUAAGAAACUAUUGUGGCCAGUCAUUGGGAGGUGGUGCAGACUCUGCUCAUCUACAGAAGCAUUAUAUGUGUAACAAGAACAAACUAUUUGAAUGGCCGGAGUGCCCUGGACUUUGCAUAGAAGAUUGUGCCUUGUGCAUUGUUAGCACUUGCAAUUUACUUGGAAGUUGUUUUAGUGUUACCCUACACAAGGUCAACGACCAAUGCAGAAUAUAAAGAGAUCUAACCUUGCAAAAGAUUUAUUACAUCUUGAUCUUGAGAUCGAUAGAAUUUUCUGAAGAAGAAGAAACCUACAGAAGCAACAAGAAGAGGAAGCAAGAACACAAAUGGCAAACACACCUUUUAAAUAUUACGUAACACCUUAUGCUCGAGGACUUCGAUCUAGCAUCACAAGACUAUCUACCGAAGCUAAAAUUUUUGAGAUAAAGCAUGUCGUAAUUACUAUGGUGCAAUAACAUCAGUUUAGAGGAGGAUCACACGAGGAUCCUAAUCAGCACCUAGAGGCUUUUUUUUUAUGAAAUAUGUGAAACAAUGAAGAUGAAUGGGGUACCAGCCAAAGCAAUUAGAUUGCUCUUAUUUGGCUUUUCUUUAAGGGAUAGAGAAAAACUAUGACUCUCUUCCUUACCUGCAAAUAACAUUACAUCUUCGGAAUA